AAUCGCGCCAUCCCGGUGCACCUGCAGGUGCUGACGACUCUCGGUUUCCUGGCAACCGGCUCGUACCAGCGGGAAUUAGCCGACAGGUAUGUGAUUAAAAAUGAAUGUUACAUGUCCUGCCUAAAGCCCCAUUUGAGGUACGAUAUAAUAUCUAAAUUCUGUCUUCAGGUCUGGGAUAUCACAGCCGUCGCUGAGCGCAAUAAUGCCAUCCGUAAUGGAUGGCAUUCUAAAAAUGAGCAGUCGAUACAUCGGGUUUCCCUACACUGUGGGUGAACAGGCCAACAUUAAAAGGCAAUUUGCAGCAAUGGCAGGUUUCCCAAAUGUGAUCGGUGCCAUUGACUGCACCCAUAUUGCUAUAAGGGCUCCAACCGAAAAUGAAUUCGUCUAUGUGAACCGGAAAAAUGUGCACACCAUCAAUGUUCAAGUUACGUGUGAGACGAACAUGGUUCUGACGAACAUAGUGGCACGGUGGCCUGGCUCGACACAUGACGCAUUCAUCCUGACGCACAGCAGUAUAGGGAGAAGACUGCAGGCCGGCGCUGCGCGUGAUGGCUGGCUCCUUGGUGACAGUGGCUACCCCCUGAGGCGAUGGCUCCUCACCCCAUUUACAAACCCGCAGAGCGAGGAGGAGGUGCGCUACAACAUCACCCAUGCGCGCGGGCGCUCCGUUGUGGAGCGAGCCAUCGGCCUCCUCAAAUGUCGGUGGAGGUGUCUGGAUCGCUCGGGGGGCAUGCUAUUGUACCACCCUGCAAAAGUGUGCAAAAUAGUCCGGGCGUGUGCUGUGCUGCACAACAUGGCACUAAAAGAUGCCAUUCCACUGCCACCCGACCUCCCUCCCCCACAGCACCAGGACCCCGACACACAGCCACCACCUCGACAUGAGGAACACCAGCAGGGCGCAAGGCUCCGUGAACGCGUCAUGCAGCGGAUAACAAGACAACACAGUGUCAGUCAAGACGCGGCCACUGACAGGAACGCCAUGCGCUCUGGUGCUGGUGCUGGUGCUGGGGACAGCUAAGCCUGCAGCCGCGGUGCCAGACCAUGACGUGCCCGGAACCUCCUCGUCGUCCGACGCUUCCAAGUGGAGGAUGACUGAGGACAGAACAGAAAGUUCAAUGUGCCUUAACUUGUUAUCAUUUAUUUUAAUAAACUGAUAAAACUGUACUUACCGCUGUCCUCUGUGGUCUCCGCCAAGUCGGCGUCUCCGUCCUUCUCCGACACGAUGCCACACACGCUGGCUGGCCCAAUUAUAGAGGCUAUUCGGGUGUCCAGCGGUGUGGGCUCGGGUGUGCCCGGGCCUCCACCUGUCGCAGACACGCUCUGGCGGUGUUGGGCCACUCUCCUCUUGGCCUCCACCUUCAGGUCAGACCACUUCUUCUUAAGUUCUGCCACUGAUCUUUCAGUGGCAUUCACGGCGUUUACCGCGGCAGCGACGUGUUGCCACUCACUUGCCUUCCUCUUAUUAGUUAUACCGCUACUGUAACCACCAAAUAGUGUACUUUUCCUGGCCUCCACCUCAUCUACCAGCACCUCGAUCUCGGUCUCCUCAAAGUUCCUCUUUCUGCUCUUCCCCGCCAUGGUUUUUGAGUGUAAAACGCCGUUGAUCGGAUGAUUUAUAUGCAAAUUUAGUCGACACAGGUGCAUUGCAUUUACCAUUCUUGAUGGAAAA